AUGGGGGAAACGGGCAAAGAAGAAUAUAAAAUACAGUCGUUCGACACUGAGACUCAGAAGCUGCUGAAAACAGCUCUCAAAGACCCCACCAAUGUGGACCUGGAGAAAGUGGCCAACAUUAUAGUGGACCAGUCGCUCAAAGACUGUGUGUUCAGCAAGGAGGCAGGGCGCAUCUGCUAUACCAUCAUCCAGGCAGAGAGCAAACAAGUUGGCCAGAGCGUCNGCCGGGGGAGCCGGCUGAACCGGCUGCAGCAGGAGUACAAGGACAGGGAGGAGCUGCGCACCCGCUCGCUCCAGGCAUGGAUCUGCUACGUCACCUUCAUCUGUAACAUCUUCGACUACCUGAGGGUGAACAACAUGCCCAUGAUGGCUCUGGUGAACCCUGUUUACGACUGUCUGUUCCGGCUGGCACAGCCCGACAGCCUGCGGAAGGAGGAAGAGGUGGACUGCCUGGUCCUACAGCUCCAUCGCAUUGGCGAGCAGCUGGAGAAGAUGAACUCCCAGCGGAUGGAUGAGCUCUUCUCCCUCCUCCGCGAUGGCUUUCUUCUGCAGGAGGGGCUCAGCUCCCUGUCCCAGCUCCUGCUGCUGGAGAUCAUUGAGUUUCGGGCUGCUGACUGGAAAAUGACGGACGCUGCCCAGAAAUACUAUUACAGCGAAGUGACGGAUUAA